UUUGACAAGUGGCGUUGCGCUGAAACGUCAAUCCCCGGUUUUUCCACGUAAAAAAUACCUCAACUUUAGCAAUUUUACUUAUUCCCUGCGCCAGGCGGCAUAUCCGACGUUCCGUAGUCACAAUCCACUGCACAUAAUAUGCGGGUAAAGGUGGAGAGUAUAAUCCUUACACUCACCGUUGUUGAUAUUUUUGGUGGUUAUGUGCUGUCGGAGAUUCCACGACCGCGGGGAGUCUCGAUCUCCAGGGCGGCUCUGUACGCCCCCAACGCGGAUAACACCUUCGUCUGCUUGGACGGCCUGAAGACCAUCCAGUACGGCCAGAUCAACGACGACUACUGCGACUGUGCCGACAGCAGCGACGAGCCUGGCACGGCGGCGUGUCCGGACGGGCAGUUUCACUGCACAAAUGCCGGCCACAAGCCCAGAACCAUACCCAGUUCCCGGGUGAACGACGGUAUCUGUGACUGCUGUGAUUCCUCAGACGAGUACAAUUCCAAUGCCAAGUGUAUUAAUAAUUGUAGCGAAUUGGGCAAGGAGGAUCGCCUGCGCGAGAAGCAGAAGGCAGAGUUGGCCAAGAUGGGCAGUCAAAUGCGGGCCGAAAUGGUGCGCAAGGGAAAAGCACUGCGCGAGGAGCACAAGAUUCGCCUCGGGGAGCUGGAGAGAUCUCGCUCCGAGGCGGAAUCGCUGAAGCAGGAGCGCGAGAAGAUCAAGCAGGAUGCCGAGGAGUUGGAGAAUGCCGCUCUGCAAGUGUACCGAGAUGCCGCCGAAGCGGAGAAGCGCGAGCGCGACGAGCAGGAGGCGGAGAAGAACAAAGCGGAAGCCGAGGAGACGUUCAAGAAGUACGAUUCCAAUCAAGACGGUGUGAUUGAGAUUGCCGAGUUGCAGACACGCAUCGCCUUCGAUCGCGAUCGCGACGGACAGGUGAGUGUGGAAGAGGCGAAGUUCUUCCUCGAGGAGCAGGAUCAGAUCGACUUGGAGACUUUCGUGACACUCGCGUGGCCGCGGAUCAAGCCUUUCCUCAUGCUUGAUUCGGGACUAUUCAAGCCGCCGGCGACGGAGGAGGAGCAGCAGCAGCAGCACGCCGAUGAGGAGCAGUAUGGGCAGGACGGAGAACCCAUUGAUGAGGAAGGCCAGUUCGAGGAGGAGGAGGAAGAGGAGGAAGAAACGGGCGAAGGCGAGGUGGAGCCUGUCGAUGAUGGCGCGGAUGAUGAUGCUGAGGAAAUCAUCCCACCGGCACAGGAAUACGAUCCGGAGACACAGAAGCUGGUCGAGAUGGCCAACGAGGCGAGAAAUCAGUUUUCCGUCGCCGAUCGUGAACUCAGGGAAAUCGACACGGAGUUGCAGAACAUCAAGGACGCUAUCGAGAAGGAUUACGGCGCGGAGGAUGAAUUUGCUCCGCUGAAUGGCGAGUGUUUCAAUUACGAGGAUCGCGAGUAUGUCUAUAAACUCUGUCUCUUCGAUCGCGCCAGUCAACAGCCGCGCUCCGGAGGAUCGGAGACGAGAUUGGGAACGUGGGACAAGUGGACCGGAAGACAGAAUAUCUACUCCACGAUGCUGUACUCGAACGGAGCGUCGUGCUGGAAUGGUCCACAGAGAUCCGCCACGGUGCACAUAGAGUGCGGCCUCGACACGAGGAUCACGGGUGUGUCGGAGCCGAAUCGCUGUGAGUAUGUUUACGUCCUGGAAACGCCAGCUGCCUGCAGCCUGCCCACCGCCGGAAAGGAUCCGUCCGAUCGAGCGGACGCGCACGAUGAGUUGUAAAAGAGUUGCCACACACACAAGACUACAAGUGAUAUUUGUCAUUUUCGCAAAGAACGCGCAGUCAAGAAAUCGAGAGAUAGAGAGAGAUUCAUUCUAAUUGAUUCGUAUUUGUCACAUGGAAAAGCGAACAAGGGAAAUUAUAGAAUUCUGAUAGACGAAAAUCAUUCCUUUUGGUGUGCGUGUGGUUUCUCCUUUCCAUCUAUUUCAAUAUAAAUAAAUUGUGUAAAAGAUGGAGGUGAAUAAAAAAUGAUUAUUGAUUGAUAAAAGGAAGUUGUUUU